UUUUUCCUCUCCUCCAUAAUAUAUAGCCCCUGCACCUCCCCACUUUUCAAUCCCCCAACUCCCUCUCCCUCUCUCUACUUGAAACUUCUUUCUUUUCCCAAGGAUUCCCUCCUAACUUGGUGGGAUUAUCCGAAGUUUCAGCUGCUUCCACUCACCCACAUUGUCAUUUCCUUUUCACUCCCAUAUGGAGAAGCUUAUCUGCAUGUUCUUUUUCCUUCUUCUUCUGGCCCCUCCUUUUACUUCUGCUGGCCAUGACUAUGGUCAAGCUCUCAGCAAGAGCCUUCUCUUCUUUGAAGCUCAGAGAUCUGGCUACCUUCCCCACAACCAGAGAGUCUCCUGGAAGCAUUCUGGUUUGCAAGAUGGCAAAGCUAGUGGGGUGGAUCUAGUUGGAGGGUACUACGAUGCAGGGGACAAUGUGAAGUUCGGAUUACCCAUGGCGUUCACCGUUACGAUGAUGUCGUGGAGCAUAAUUGAAUACGGCAAACAAAUGGCUGCAAGCGGUGAGCUUGGCCACGCCAUGGAAGCAGUUAAGUGGGGUACGGACUACUUCAUCAAAGCACACCCUCAGCAUGUUCUCUAUGGAGAGGUGGGAGACGGAAACACUGACCAUUACUGCUGGCAAAGGCCAGAGGACAUGACAACGGACCGUCACGCUUACAAGAUCGAUCCAAGCAAUCCCGGGUCGGAUCUCGCCGGAGAAACCGCUGCCGCUAUGGCUGCUGCAUCCAUUGUUUUCCGACGCUCUAACCCUGCUUAUUCUCGGGAACUUCUAACUCACGCCUAUCAGUUGUUCGAUUUUGCUGACAAAUACAGAGGCAAAUAUGACAGCAGCAUUACAGUUGCCCAGAAGUAUUACAGAUCAAUCAGUGGCUACAAUGAUGAAUUGCUCUGGGCUGCUGCUUGGUUGUAUCAAGCAUCUAACAAUCAGUAUUACUUGGAUUACCUUGGAAGAAAUGGUGAUUCCAUGGGUGGAACUGGUUGGACCAUGACUGAAUUUGGUUGGGAUGUUAAGUAUGCCGGGGUUCAGACAUUGGUUGCCAAGUUCUUGAUACAGGGCAAAGCUGGCCAUCAUGCACCAGUUUUUGAGAGAUAUCAGCAGAAGGCCGAAUCUUUCAUGUGUUCGUGCCUUGGAAAGGGUUCUCGCAAUGUUCAGAAGACUCCUGGUGGCCUCAUUUUCCGCCAGAGAUGGAACAACAUGCAGUUUGUCACAAGUGCCUCGUUUUUAGCCACUGUCUAUUCUGACUACCUUGCUUCAUCUGGUAGGAACUUGAGAUGUAAUUCAGGCAAUGUUGCCCCUGCUGAACUUCUCUCCCUUGCAAAGUCUCAGGUGGACUACCUUCUUGGAAACAACCCAAGAGCAACUAGUUACAUGGUGGGCUAUGGAAACAACUUCCCACAAAGGGUUCAUCACCGAGGUUCAUCCAUUGUUUCGAUCAAGGUUAACCCUUCAUUUGUCAGCUGCCGGGGAGGUUAUGAUACUUGGUUUAGCGCAAAAGGAGUUGACCCCAACCUACUCACUGGUGCUCUUGUUGGUGGACCUGAUGCGUAUGAUGACUUUGCUGAUGAAAGAGAUAACUACGAGCAGACAGAACCAGCAACCUAUAACAACGCUCCUCUCAUCGGUAUUCUAGCACGUCUGCAUGGAGGUCAUGGUGGCUAUAACCAGCUUCUUCCAGUUGUUCCCGCUACUAAACCUGUUGUUAUCAAUCCUCGACCAUCCCCCAAUACCAAGACAACUCCAUCUCCAGCUUCAUGGUCAGGCCCAAUUUCUAUUGAACAGAAAAUGACCACCUCGGGUGUUGCCAAUGGAAAAACUUAUUACAGAUACUCAACAGUGGUGACAAACAAAUCUAACAAGAGUCUCAAUUCUCUCAAUCUUUCGAUCUCCAAGCUUUAUGGUCCAAUCUGGGGUCUCACAAAGUCUGGUGAUUCCUACACAUUCCCAUCAUGGCUCAGCUCACUAGCUGCAGGCAAAAGCCUUGAAUUUUACAUCCAUUCUACUUCUCCAGCAGAUGUCUCUGUGGCUAACUACGUGUUGGCCUGAGAGGUUUGAAUUUGCUUUGAAGUGAAAUGAGAACAGUUUACUGCUUUGUUGUGUAAGACUGUGUAGCCAUACAAAUGUGCAGUGAGGAGAGGGUGUUUACGUUUUUACUUUUAUAUUUUGGUGUCAAAUCUUCUUCUUCUCUUGUGUAUUUUGCAUUUCAGUAGGUUAGAUCAAAGUAGGUAGAUUAUAUAAGAUGGAAGGACCGGAGCAGAAAGGAGUGAAGAGACAAAAGGGCAGAGCUCAUCCUCUUUCUCUCCGCUUUACAACUUAUAUACAGUGAGUGAUACAAGACAGACAACGAAACAGGGUUGUUGAGAAGUUUAAAAAAAAAAAUGAACUUCUCAAUAUUUGAGAGAAGAGUCAUCACUUGUAUUUUUCAACAGCUUUGGAUGUCUUUUCUGUGUUUGAUGUUGUAAGCUUUACAGCAUUUUGUACUCUCUACAAACAAACAGUUUGUGCUAUA